UCAUUCAACGAAAGAAGCUCGCCAUAACGGUAGCGGUAGCGGUAACGGUAACGGUACACGGUACACGGCGGCACUAUAGUCCACAGAGUGCAUUGAAAGAGCCAAGUGAACGAACGGUCGGUCACUCAGCGUCAGCAGCAGCAGCAGCAGUGAAAAACUCGGGAACAACAAAUCCCAGCAAAACCAAACUAAACAAACCCAAAGCAAAACCAAACAAAAAAAAAAAUAUAAAAAAAUUAAGACAAAUUCCGAAUAAAACCGAGGAAAACCCCAACGCGAAAAGUUGCUUCACUAAAUAAAGGAUUUGUCUGCGUGUUGGGUCAAGAGCUGACAACAGAGGCCCUCAUGCUCGUUAUUGAUAGAGAACUCGCAUAGAAACGUGAACCAGCAGAGUCUUAGAGAGUACUCUUAGCAGAGUCUUCGAGUACGUAUUUUCCUGGUGCCCCUGUGUUGUGUGUCCUGUGUCCGUCCUGCCUAGCGCUAAGUCAGAAUGUUUGAGCCUCGAUUAGAGCAGAUUUGUGGCAGUUGAAAGUUGUUUUCUAGCCCAGCAAUAAGAAAAUAGCACACGCACACACACAGAGAGCACACAGAGCCGCCCUCCCACCCACACGGAGACACGAGAUACUUUUGUGCUGGUGUGAGUGCGUGUUUAAUGUAGUGCUGUGCCUGCGCCUGUGUGUUUGUGUGGUGUGUGUGGCGUGUGUGGCGUGUGUGUGUGUGUAGGUUUUUCCGUGUUUCUGAAGCAUGCAAAUAAACGGUCUUGCUGCCGGACCCACGAUGGCCGCAUCAGAGCCACCAGAGCCACCGCCGCGCAAUCCGGAUCGCAUAAAUGCCUCACUGCACAAGCUCAGCGAAUCCAAAAUUGUCAAAUCGCUGGACUCGAGCCUGAUCAAGGAGAAGUCCGGCUCCGUUAACAACAAUAAGCCCAUACGGCCGCUGCUUUCUCUGGAUAACUCUGGAACGGCCUCCACCUCGGCAGCAGCAGCAUCCGUAGCAACAGCAGCAGGAACAGGAACAGGAGCAGGAGCAGGAGCAGCAACUGGAGCUGUGGGAGGAGCACCUGCCAAGCCUUCGCCCCUGGUGCUCACCACCAAGCGAGACCUUACGCCCAGCAACGACACCAGCUCCUCGCCGGCCAGCUCUAAUGGCAGCAAUCAGACACUUACUCCACCCAUGACCAUCGACAACCAGCAGCAGCAGCAGCAGCAGCAGCAGCAGCAGCAUCGACCACCGUCAUAUCCUGGGAAGAGCGAGGUCGUCGGUCUGCCACAGCCACAAUUGCCGAAUGGCAUUGGGGGCACAGCCAACGCCAACUCUAUACCCGGCCCAGCCAUGAUCCAUGCGAAUAACUCAAAUUUAAUUGCCGCUGGUCACCUGGCACAGGGAGUUGGAGUCUCCUCCACGUCCACGUCCACGUCCACCGCCAACAGCUCCUCUGGCGGCAGUGCCCUUAAUGCUGUCGACAAGCGGAAUGCCAAUGAUGUUUGCCCAAUUGUGAAAUUAAUGGAACCGGAGUCAAUGGCAACCGCAAGAGCAGCUCCAGCCGCAUCAUCGACGAAUAUGAAUCCAUCAUUAUCGGCCUUCCUGGCUCUGGGGCCACCGCACUCUCCGACAUCCGCUGCCUCGGCGGCCCUGCUCAGGCUCGAGUCCUCCUGCGAUGGUAAUCGCAACGAAGAGACAAAGUUCCGACUCCGAGGUGGUCCGUGUUCGGGUUCGGGUUCAAGCUCAGACUCUGGUCCGGCUUCAGAAUCGGGCAUGAAGCUGCGAGAGGAGAACGAUCGUCUCAAUGCGGAGCUGCUUCGCCUGCGUCGACUUCUGGAGCUCUCCACGGACGGCGCCGUCGGGGGCGUGGAUCCCACAGAGGCAGAGUCGCAGGGCAACAACGGAACAGCUGCGCAGGAUCGCAUCGAACGACUGGAGUCGGAGCUGCGUACGGUCAAGAAUCAGCUGCUGACCAUGCGGCUGGAGAGAAAGAAGCUGCGAACCGACAAAUCCGAUCUGCUGGGACAGGUGAAACAGCUGUGCGCCUCGCUGCAGGAGAAGGAGCAGGAGUUGCGCGACUUUAUUCGCAAUUUUCAGGAGCGAGUGCGAGAGUCGGAGACCACGAAUGCCAAGCUCUCGGGCGAUCGGGAUCGGGAGCGCUUCCAGCUGCUGAAGCAGGCCCGGGAUGAGGCCGAGCGCUCACUGGCCCUGGCCCAGCAGCUCUCGGCUCGUGACUUGCAGCUGCAGCGACUCCAGGAGCAGCUGCAGGAGGCACGCCGCCAGCUCACCGGCUGUCUCUCCGACCAGGAGAGUCUGCACUCGUUUGCCCCCCUGACACCGCCCUCUGCGGCCUCCGGAAUGCUCAGUCAGAUGGCAGCCGGCUCGGGCAUGGGCGGAGUCCUGGGCGGACUGCGCGGCACAACCGACGAUAGUGGGCGUGGCAACUCGCUGUCGGCAUUCAGUGGCAGCCUGAGCGGCGGAUCCGGAGCCACAGCCGGCGAUCGCAACUCGUGCUCCAAUGACUCCGGGCUGCGCAACAGCAGCGACCGGGAGAGCACCGGCGGGGAGCUGAACUUCAGCGACGGCACCUGCGACAAUGGACCGUGCAUCACCGUGGAUCCCGACAGCAUUUCCCUCGUCUCCAGCCAGAACAUGUAUCAAUUUGGAACACCCAAAGAACGAAGCCCCACACUGUCGCCCCUGAACUCGGCUGCCUACUCAAGAUCCGUUGAGCAGCUGGGCUCACCCGUGGACCCCGAUGGACCAGGCGGUGCUGGCGCCAUAACCCGAAAGUUUGCCUGUGCCACAAAGAGCGGGCCAUUGGGAGCACGCAAUGGCCGUGGGGGUACCUGGGGCAGCAUAUCGCGUGUGUUUGCUCGGUCCCGCAACAAGAGCAAGGCCCUGUCUGCCGAUGGAGUGACCGAAUACACCGACUAUUCGUGGAAUCCGCUUUCGGAGGAGGGCUACGCCGACAAGAUUCGCCUGCUGCGCGAGGCCUCCCAGCUGCCGAUGGAGCGCUGGCGGGCCACCCAGGUGCUGGCCUGGCUGGAGGUGGCCCUGGGCAUGCCCCAGUAUAGUGGACGCUGUGCGGAGAACGUGAAGAGUGGGAAGGUUCUGCUGGAACUGAAUGACAUCGAGCUGGAGGCUGGACUCGGCCUGGCCCAUCCCAUGCACCGCAAGAAGCUGCGCCUGGCCAUCGAGGAGCAGCGGCGACCGGAACUGGUGCGCUAUCCACUCAUCACCCAAUUGGGCCACACCUGGGUGGCCUCCGAGUGGCUGCCGGAUAUUGGACUGCCGCAGUACGCGGAGCCUUUUCUGCAGUCCCUCGUCGAUGCACGCAUGCUGGACACACUGUCCAAGAAGGAGCUGGAGAAGUUUCUGGGUGUGACCCGAAAGUUCCAUCAGGCCAGCAUUGUGCAUGGCAUUCACGUGUUGCGCAUCGUGAAGUACGACAGGCAGACAUUGGCCAUGAGGCGAGUGCAAUCCGAGACGGUGGACACGGACCCCAUUGUUUGGACAAAUCAGCGCUUCAUACGCUGGGUCCGAUCCAUCGACCUAGGCGAGUACGCUGACAACCUAAAGGACAGCGGUGUUCAUGGCGGACUUGUCGUGCUGGAGCCAUCCUUUUCGGGCGAUACUAUGGCCACGGCUCUGGGUAUUCCCCCAUCCAAGAACAUAAUACGACGACAUCUGAACACGGAAUUCGAUGCCCUCAUUUUGCCAGCAAGAGCGACUCUGGGUCAAGGCAUCCGUUCAGGUUGCGGCGUAGUGCCCCUGACUGGACCCGGCGGACUGCAGCACUAUGCCACAACAGACCGCCGCUCGAGCGGUAGCCUCAGGAUUUCGGCAUGGAAAGGAUCUCAGAGCUCUCUUUCCAAAGCCUUUCGGUUCAAUGCUAAACCCCAUCGUGCCGGCGAUCGCAGCUCCUUCGGCAACUCCACCUCCCCAACGCCUUCGUACAGCAGCAGCGAGGGUGGCGGAGGAAUAUACGCUACCAUAGGUUCGCUGCAUCAUCAGCAGCACCAGCAACAGCAGCAACAGCAGCACCAGCAGCAACACUAUCAUCACUUUCUGCCGCCUCCGACUACUGCUCCACCGCCGAUUCCCAUGGCUGGUGGCAGCAGCAACAACUACAGUCAUGGUCCGCCGCCGGGGCACCGCGUGAGCGCCCCGCCCAUUGGCAGCCUGUUGGAUGGGAGCGGAGUGGAUGCCCAGCUGCUCUACGAGCAGAGUCGACGACGCGUGAAAAGCAUCAGCGACAUUGGAGCAUCGACGAGUGCGGGCAGCGUGGGGGCGUGCAGUCUGGGGGGAAUAUCGGGCUCCUCGGAGUCUCCCGAAUGAGAGUGGGAGGCGAAUCGGAGCUAGCUAGACAACCACAACCGAAGAUACUCAGCUGUAUUCCCUUAAUAGUCAUGUGACGAGUGUCGCCUCUUACCUGUUUAUAGUCAGUUAGUGUCCCUUUUCCGUUCCUUUCUGGAUUCGAGCUUAGAUUCCAAGGCAAAACCAAAAACGCGAGUUCAAGUGUACUCAAGUCAAGUGUCGGACCCACCUUCAAGAUGCAAGCAAACAAGAAUCAGCAAGUACAGAUACAUACAUUUGUAACUAUCUCUACCUAUGUCAAGAUACAAAUAAACGAGUAAGCAUUUGAUCAAAUCAGCUAGAACUACGAACUGCGAGUACAUAAGUAUAUGCUAAACAGGAUUCCAUAUAAGCAUGUAUGUUGGUGCAUAUAUAAUACUUACUAGAGAUAAUAUAGGCUAAGUUAAAUCCCUCUCGAAAGCGAAUCGACGCCAACACACACACCCCACUAAACCUAAACACAGAAUAAACUCGAAUAGUUUAAUUAAUCGUGUGUUACUCUAAUCUAAUGGUAACUGUAACUGUAAUGUAAAGCUAGCUUUAAAUGGAUUUACAAAUGUAAUCCUGCGCUGGAGCACUGCCCCAGCUCUAACAGAGAGCGCACGCAGUGCUCUGGCGUCUGGGAUUGAGCAGCCACAGGAGCAGACUCUGAUGCAUGCGAUGGAUGUAAUUACAAUUUAGAUAAAUUGAAAUUAUUUUGUAACCGAACCUAUCGUAGCUAAGCCAAUGAAAGUGGAAACCCAAAUGGACAUGAAUGGAUGCUAUUGAAUUCAGUUUGAUGAACUGCAGACAGCUGCAAUUUGUAAAUGAUUCCGAGGCAUACACCUAAGUAUCCUUUGAUCACAUACAAGUCAAGUAGAGAAACUAAAUCAAAUACAAUGCGAGCCCACUCCAAUUCCCUAUCCCCAAUACCCCUUACACCACCAAAGAGCAUAAAAAGUAACGUCAGCCUGCUACAGCCCCCCCGAACUAUCAUCAUAUAUCGAAAUAUCCCAGAAUGAGAGCGGUAUUAUGUAUUAAGCAGACCAAUUUAACUCUAGUGUACUACGGCAAACAAAAGAAACUAUCGAAUAAUGAUCAAAACUCUGUUGUAAAUA